GAAUAAACUAUUCGCUGACCUUGGCCACUGUGCGGAUAGUGCUGGCCCCAUCCUACUGUGUGCUUCGUUGCAGCUGUCAUCGGUUAUAAUAGGAUGUCCGUCGUUAAUGCUGUUCUGGAUACACUGAAUUCACUCAAGCUUGACGGCUCAUCCGCUGCAGGUUCCAGUCAGCUUGAACCAGAAAACCUGGAGACCGCUGAAAAACUGCGAGUCUUUUGUUCUCUCCCCACAGUAGCGGCUAACUUAGGUCAGUUUGAAACCCGGGAAAAAUUGGUUCCGACGAUUUCAGAACUAGUCACGAACGCCAUAAACGCCGGAGAUGAUGAAGUACUUCUUGUGAUUGCACAAAAGCUGGGUACUUUUGCAGAGCUCGUUGGUGGUAAAGACUAUGCGGCUUGCCUUUUGCCCAUUUUGGAAAAAAUCAUAAGCAUGGUUGAAGAAGUCGUUGUCGCACAGGCUGCUUGUGAUUCGUUGGUGGAAAUAAUCCCCAAGUUACCACGGGAAGACAUCGAGGAAAAAUGCGUUGGGAUGAUACGCCGAAUUCUCGACGAGGAUCUGUAUUGUUCUUCUCGAAAGGUCACGGCUAAAUUGAUUACUAUUUGUUGCCCACUGGUGUCCCCAAAGUUACAAAUGGAUCUUAAAUAUCGCAUUUUCCAUCUGGCUGAUAGUGACGAUGAAGUGCCGCUUGUACGAGCCGCCGCCGUACAUCAGCUAGUAGAUUUGGCGAAACAUUUUGGGGCUGAAAUCAAAACUGAAUUGUGUCUGCUGCUCACAAGCCUCGUAUCUGACAACCAACGAGUUGUUCGGGCCGCAUGCGUCGAACCGUUAAUCGAACUUGGGCGACUGACUGCAGAUCCCAACGAUUUUGACUCCUCUGUUCGUCCUUGCAUUGAUAAACUCGCUGCAGACCCCACAAGGGACACUCGAAGGGCACUCGCCUCAUCGAUUACUGAACUUCAACAAGUUGCGUGCUCCUUCGGUGGUUCCACGCGGUCACUACAUCAGAUUAUGCUCAAUCUACUGGAAGAUAAUGAGGUGGAAACCAGACGAAUAGCCACCACACGAUUUAAAGGCUUCUGUUUGGCCAGCCCAAAAGACAUACUGUCCAGUACCCUGUUACCGCAACUACGCGAACAUUUGUUUGUUGAGCGCGAAGAGCCCGUGCGUGCUGAGCUCGUUCGCUGUUCCGUCGCCCUCCUUCCAUUUAUCAAUCGCACAGAUGCACUGCCCCUAGUUCAGCACAUUCUGGCUUUUCUUAAUGAUACCAGUUCCCAGUCGAAACAGUAUGUUUUCGAGCACUUUUCCGAUCUGGUUACACUUAUUCCCACGACUGAUGUGCAACUAACGCUGUUACCCAGUCUGUUGCGCUUGUGGCAAGACAAAAAUUGGCGCGUUCGUUUGGGGGUCGUUCAGUCUGUGCCGUGCCUCUAUCCAAACUUGCCUGAAUCAUGCGCUCGAGAAACUGUGCUACCGGCUAAUCUGUCUUGGCUUCGAGACCCCUCAUGGUAUGUCCGUGAAUGCGCAUGUCGAAGUUUGGCACGACUGCUUCGCGUAUUUCCCGGUUUGUGCAAGGAUACUAUCAAUGGUUUUGGACAAAAGGCAACGCUUGCCGCUCCUCAAACUACAUGUUCUCUGUCUACUGGUACAUCGGCGAACAGUACCACAGUAACACCCUCCGGUUCAGCUCCUGUCACAGGCACAUCCGCCAAUCUUUCAACCACAAACGCAGUUGGAAAUCAGCCCACCGGCGGAGAGAAUACCAGUGGACCAAAUUCGUCCUCAAAUCCGCUCGGCACAACGGCUACCAACUUUGUCUCCGCUGUAACUGCUCAGGCUGCUGCUGGUGGAUUAAAAGCCCUUGCUGCGGAUGCAAACUACCACGUGCGCCAAAUUUAUAUAUCUGCUAUCCAGACACUCUGGGGGCCUGGGAUUCCGGACGAAUCCCCUUACAGCUCCACUGACGAUUGUUCUGGUCUGGGGAUCUGCUUACCUGGUGCGCGAAAUGCCUAUUUGGCUACCGGCAUCAGAAAUCCGAGUUCCACGAACCCUUCAGUGCCUGCUUGUUGUCAGUCUCCGCCACAACUUCCUGCUGUUCACCUAUCCAGCUGUGCCACGCAGUUGCUUCGUUUGGCCGUGGACGACGUGGUGGCAAACGUCCGAAUCUGUGCUGUUCAGGCUCUACAAUUAAUCUCCGGGGUUUUGGAUAAAAAAUUUGUGCAGAAAGAAGUUAUCCCCGUCCUGCGGAGGAUCACGGAAAACGAUUCGGAUGUGGACGUGCGCUAUUACGCCCAGGAGACUCUAAUUGUGUUUACUACCGCAUGAGUACGCCAGCUUACGAGUCAACCUUCACUUGGAUUGUGCUUGCAGCUCACAAUCAGUUGCGUGGUUCCAAAACCUGCUUUUGCACCUACUACCCCACUCGGUGAUCGGUGACGCAUUCGCUCCGGAGACAUAUGCGUCUGGUUAACGACGAAUGUUAUAUUGUGUCGCCUACCCCACACUGAUGUCCACUUCUUUUGCUUUGUCACCUUCACAUCGACGAACUUGUCUUCUCCCUCCACACUCAGCCCAACCGUUUCUCCUCCCGUUCCUCUUGUCACUCGUUUUCAUGUUCGAAGUAAAGUUUUCUUCGACUUCAUUUCCAUUUUAGUGGCCUCUGUUUCUCAACCGAUAUAUCAUCACAUCUCUUUUUCUCGUACCAACAUUUGCCACUCAUAGUUAACCCUGUGUGCUUGCACACCUAUCCCGCGCUACCUGCCUUUGUCUCAUUUGAACGUCAAACGCGCGAAUUUUUGAAUUAGUUAGGGUUUAAUGCACCCGUCUGUUUGCACGCGAUGAUGCAUUAUACACUCCAUUCUCUCCGUAUUUUGUAUUUUCGUGAGUUUUAGACUGCAUUCUUCUUGACUUUUUCUUGUCUUGUUGAUGCAAUAAUGUCGAUGGCGGAAGUUGAUUUUGAUUUUUGUCGCAGUUAAUUUCGCUCCUGGGAUGCGAGCUUCUUCAUCACUUCUACUCCCCAGCUUGUUGUAGUCAUUAGUGGCCUAGAGGAACUUAUUGUUCCAAACUAAAUGGGCUGCUGAACUAUGUUUCGAAUGAGGUAUAUUCUGCUUUUAUGCACUCUCGUAAUUGGCCACACGAGCUUCCACUUAGUUAAGUGCACCUGACUUCGUUUACCCCGAUAUUCUGGAUCCCGUGUAUUACGGUGUAUGCGUCAGCUCUUGGACGAAGUGAAACUUUAGGUUAUUCACCAAUUUAUCGGAUAUUUACUCAGUUUCGUUGCGUUGAAAUACCAGCACCACACACUACUCUUGAUCGCGGAACCCACCUAAUUGCUAGUUUGUCUUGAACGACGAAGUGUAAAUCCACAAAGAUUCGCUCACGUUUGACCGUCACCACAUGCUGUUUCUCUGGCUCUUUCGAAUGACAAUUGUCCCUCAUUUAUGGUGACAUUUGAUCGGUCAGCAUUUGUACAUCAUGGCUUAUGCAGCCACAUCCCUGGCUGUGAAUGUUUCUUAUUGUCGCGCGGAACCGCUUAUCGUAUCAAUGAUCAGAGGCUUAAACUGCAGCUUUUUGAAUAAACCAUGAACUUCAUCACUAAUGUAGGUUUCUACUUCCCUUCUUUCAUAUUCCCACUUCUAGUUUUGACCGUUUUGCAACUGCAUGUGAAACAAUGAUCAGUUUUGAUUAUUUACCAGAAUCUUUUUCUAAUUCACGUAUUUCACUU